UGUCGCCACUUGUCACCCUAAACCUCUCUCUCACCAACUGAGUGAUGAUUGAUCAACAUAGCAUACAACACUCCGCCUUCUUCUUCCUCUUCCUCUUUACUUCCAAAACUCUAAACCAUUUCUUGGAACCUUCGAAAAAUCAGAUCUUUGGGAUCAUAAUAAAAUGUCUUUAUCCUUAAAAAUCUCCCACCUUUCAAACACCCUAGAGCCUCGAGAUCAAUGCAGAGCCGUUCGAACGUUUGAAUUCAGCUCGAUUUGUUUCCGUGGAGGCCAUUGGAGAACGGAGCUGUCUUCUCCGAAACUGAGAACUCGGUGCGCGGGAUCGGAUGCGGGAAUCUCCGGCGGCAGAUCGGUGCCGGAAUGGACCUAUACCGGAUCCAAAGACGAGACCUUUAGCGAUUUGGAGAUCGACGACGGAGAGGACGGUGGAAAUGGAGAUAGUGGUGGUAACAAUGGAGGCGGAGGAGAUGAUGGAGAGGAGGAGGAGGAGGAGAAGGAGUUUGGUCCGUUAGUGAAGUUCGACGAAGUUAUGAAAGAGACGGAGAGGAGAGGAAUUACUUUACCGGAGGAUAUGUCGGAGGCGGCGAAGUCUGUUGGGAUUCGGAAACUCUUCCUUCUUCGUUAUCUCGAUCUUCAGGGAUCUGUAUGGCCGCUUGGGUUUCUGAUGAGGACAUGCUCCAUGCUUCGUAACAGAAUGCUUGCGGAUCCUUCGUUUCUCUUCAAAGUUGGAACCGAGAUAGCGAUAGACUCUUGCUGUGCGACGUUUGCGGAAGUGCAGAAGAGAGGGGAUGAUUUCUGGUCUGAGUUUGAGUUGUAUGCUGCUGAUCUUUUGGUUGGUCUUGUGGUUGAUGUCGCUUUGGUUGGGCUUUUGGCUCCUUAUGCGCGUAUUGGGAAGACAUCUGUGGCGUCAUCUACAGGUUUGUUUAAGGGUCUUAAACGUUCUUGUGCAGCCCUUCCUAGCAGUGUUUUUGAAGCUGAAAGACCGGGUUGUAAAUUCUCGGUUAACCAGCGGAUUGCAACUUUCUUCUACAAGGGGCUCUUGUAUGGUUCGGUUGGGUUCGGCUGUGGUCUCAUCGGUCAGGGAAUUGCAAAUCUCAUCAUGACGGCAAAACGGAGUAUAAAGAAAGCAGAAGAAGACGUCCCUGUUCCACCUCUAUUCAAAAGUGCUGCUCUCUGGGGUGUGUUCCUUGGAUUAUCUUCCAACGCACGUUACCAAAUCAUCAACGGACUUGAGCGCGUCGUGGAAGGUUCUACGGCAGCCAAACGCAUUCCUGUGGUCGCCAUGGCGUUUACGGUUGGAGUCCGGUUUGCUAACAAUGUUUAUGGCGGUAUGCAGUUUGUUGAUUGGGCUAAAUUAUCUGGCGUCCAGUAGUUAAACCGGCUCGGUUUUAUCACGAACCGAUCAAAGGGUUACGGUUUUCAUCACGCAACAAUGUCAAGGGUCUCACAGCUUACUCUCAUCUUCCGCGACAAACUACAAACUACCAACCAAAGCUCCAGCUUGACAAAGUCAGAUGCUGUCGUGAAGAAACCAUUGGCUCCAUCGUCGAGCAACGACCGUGAGACGAGAGGGGCUGCUUCGUGGUCAUCGUUCCAAAUGCCUGUUCACUACCCAAGCUUCACG